AUGGACACCACUAAUUCACUACGAGAGUUGCAGUCUGAGAUGGACAUUUUUGCGGUGUGGUAUGAGGAGGUCGCCGAAAGUUGGGAGGAAGCUGCUGAUAGUAGGGAAAUGGAAAAACAGUUAGAGGAGAAGCUAAGGAUCAGCCAGAAAGAAAAGGAGUCCAGUAAUAAUUCCUCACAAUCUCCGUUGAAGACGACCAUGGUGAUACAGGACGACUCUCUACCAGCAGCACCCCCACCUCAGAUACGCAUUUUGAAGCGGCCUACAAGUAACGGGUCAUUGGGCUCACCCUUGAAUCAGAAUAGGCCUACACCACAGGUCAAGUCUCUGGCCCAGCGUGAAGCAGAAUACGCAGAGGCCAGGAAGAGAAUACUGGGCAGCGCCUGCCCUGAGGAGACGCCUCAGGACAAACCCAACACUGAUAGGGCAGGGCGCAAUAACUCUACAUUGCCUUCAGAAGACACCCGAUCAAACAAUCAAACGGUCCGGCAGCCGGCCGGCCCAGACGGCACCCAGGGGUUCCGACAGAACAGAUAAGUGGGUCCUGGGGGCCACCCAGCCAUCGAGGGGAGAGAGAUCAAGGGCCACCAGAGAGCAAAUACAGCACUGUAUUCUUAAAACUUCCUUCCUUCAGUUCCAUUAUAUCGGAUGGGCCGGGAGUACAGCCACACUGCUUGCUGCUCAACUCUCCCCAUUAGAAGUUUUGUGUAACUGACGGGGAGCGAGGAAGUCCAAUGGAAAUGUGCUCUCUUAUCUUCCCACUGCAGUCUAUUUGACACUGUGAUUAUGAACAUCUUCUGGACUCACUGUGAUGAUCCCUUUAAGAGACGCCCCACGCCUCCACCAGUCUCCUCCUUCAGUGCCCAGCGGCUUUGUCUCAGGACGCCAGCAAGCCAGAAGCAAAGACUUAAACUAAGGAUGGCAGAGAGAGAAGGGGAGGUGCCGGGCCAUCGCAAAAUAAGAUGAGCUGGAACUCGGGCAGCAGCUUCUACUCAGCAAUAAUACCAGACAUCAUUUUUUUUUUUAUCCUUUUGUUUUUCUCGCUCGUCUUUAUCUAUGGGGGAUAGGGAUGCUCUGAUAUCUACAGAGUACAGAUAAACAUACUUCACAUUAUACAUACACCACCAAGAACCUGUUCAUUAAAACAGUAUUUAAUAUUGAUUUUUUUAAAACUAUAUUUACAGUGUUUAUGAAAUAGGAAGCAUUCACAUUUCUUUCACCUUGUUUAGUGGUAAAAUGGUCUCAAAAUACUAUGUUUUGUCCUCACAGUUUAAACACCCACACCAUGCACUGCACCUUGUGGUGUCAGGUCCCCAACAGUCAACUCACCACUAAAGCUGCAUACUUAACUGGUACCUGCCCGGUAACUGAGCUGUUAGCAUUAUCUGUGCACCCCUAAUAUGUAAAUUGCCAUUUGUUUUUAAAAACUGAGAAUAAGGGUCACGUGUCAAGUUGUAUAUCUGACAAGUUCUGUUUACGUUUUGUCUUUUGUGUUUUUUUAAUAAGGCUUUUUAGCGGUCUUCUCUGGACUCUUACAUUAUUUGUAUUUAAAAGUAAAAGCAAAAAAAACAGACGAAUGAAAAGGAGAUUGUUUUUAAGUGGUUUUUUUUUUUUUUUUUUUCUCUGUCUUUGAGAUGUCUGCAGUAUUUUAAUCAAAAUGAACCAAAAUCCCAUUUUAAAUUCAACCUGCGUGUACAUAUAGUAUAUCAGUUAAUUCAGUAGUCAUUAUUUGAAGGUGGUUUUGGCAGCAACUCAAGGGAGGGUCAGACGUGGGAAUGAAUUUACUGCUGUAAGCCUCCCCUUCAUAUCGCCACCUUGUCAGCGGCGUGCUCGUUUGUUCAUGUCCUUCACUGACGCACAGUACGCAGGAACUCAGGUGCAGGUGAACGAGACUGAAUGAAUGAAAUGGACUAAGAUUGUAUUUUUUCCAGCAGGUUUGAUUGCUCAAGCAGCAAAUGUCCGUAUUUAAAGCUAGGGCUGGCACUUUGUCAGAAGCCGUGCUAUACAGUGAAAAUGAACUGAAACGAUGUCUACGUCCCAAGAAGAAUGAAUGCCUUUUUUUUUUGGCAUCUUGGUCACAUCAGAAAUGGUAACCUCACCCUGUGUGAUUGUUCAGUAACUGAUGGUUCUCUGCUGAAAUGGAACAUGGAGACCCAGCUGUAUGGGAACCAGAGCAGUAGUGACUACCUGUAUGAGCAGGACCAUUGUGCCCAAUAGAUGCUCUUUAAUUGUUCAAACAGAGAAGGGAUCUCAAUAAAGCCAUAUUCAGUGGUGCACAUCAUCAAUAAUGGUUGAUUUCAGCUUGUGCCUCCUGUAUCACAUCUUUACUUCUUGGUUCUUAACUGUAUCUCAAGAAACUGAAUAUAUCUGACGGAGGAGACACAAUACUGGCAAAAGAUUUUAGUUCAGGAAAUAAAGCAGCAGAGCAGGAGGCAAUA